UCCAAGUCUUGGAAUCCGGAAUCGGACUGGUCGUAUCCACACAUGGACUAUGCUUUUGUCGCGGUUUUUUUCUCUGUUUUCGCCUUAGAGGAAACUUUGUCAGAUACUGUUUUCAGGUGGACUGCUUUCUAGAGCCAGAGCCAUGAUUUGCUUGUUAAGGUGGACUGCUCUCCUUUGGACUUUAAAUUCCAUUCCUUGCGCUUUGGGGAUGGCAGUGAGCGAACAAUCAGAUGGCUCAUGCCCCCCUCUGAGCGUAGAGGAACGCAGGUUUUCUGAUGUUUUAGAUCGUCCCCUGGAAAUCACAGGAUUUGAUCUCACAGAAAUGUUUCUUCUCCGAAAGGGAACAAUCGCAGAAGACCUGCCAUCAUUUCGAUUAGGAAGCAGUCCACUUAUUAAGCCAACAAAACUGAUAUUUCCAAAUGGGCUUCCAAGUGAGUACUCCCUUGUCUCCAUCUGGCGGGUAAGAAGAACUACAAAAAAAGAUCGGUGGUAUCUUUGGCAGAUAUUUGAUCAGUCAGGAGGCAGUCAGGUCAAUGUUGUGGUUGACGGCGACAAGAAGGUGGUGGAGUUUUCUUUCCAGAGCCUGCUGAGGAACACUCUCCGCUACACUUUUAAAAGCCGUGACCUCCAUGCCCUGUUUGAUCGCCAGUGGCACAAGCUGAGCAUUUCUGUACAGACCAACGCCGUCUCCAUUUACAUGGACUGCAAGCUAAUAGAAAGAAGAGCGACUGAUGAGAGGGCCAGCAUCGACCCCAGUGGGCGCACACUGAUCACAACACGAAUAGAGGAUGGACGGCCUGUAGAUAUUGAACUGAAACAAUUUCUAAUCUACUGUGACCCUUACAUAGCUGAGCUGGAAAACUGCUGUGAGCUCCAGGACCCAAAGUGUGGAGCCGAGAGGACAUUUAAUGGGACUGCCCCUCCCCUGGUUACAGCUCAGAUCCCCUUGAUGCUGUCUCAGCCAGCCCCACAGUCCAUUGACAGAUGUCACUGUCCAGCUGAAAAGGCUGGUCUUCCAGGCGUAGCUGGACUGCCAGGACAAAAAGGAGAUAAAGGGGAAAAGGGGUACACAGGGGAGGCUGGGCCCGCAGGAAACGGAGGACCCAAGGGGGAACUUGGAUCAGAAGGGCAAAAGGGAAUCGAUGGAGAGAAAGGUUUGAAAGGUGACUCAGGGCCAGUUGGUCCAGUUGGUCCCAAAGGAACCAAAGGUGAUACGGGUCUGCCUGGAACUCCAGGGCUGCCUGCUGAGAAAGAAUGUCUGAAAGGAGAUCAGGGUCUCCAAGGUGAAAAAGGAGAGAAGGGAUCGGCUGGAGUGCCUGGUCGUCCAGGGGAACCGGGGAAAGAGGGCAAAAGGGGGCGGAGAGGAAAACCUGGAGAUCCUGGACCCAGAGGCUCGCCUGGUCCCGCAGGAGCCGCCGAAGGAGCAAGUUCCAAGGGGGAGAAGGGGGAGCCUGGAGUCCUGGGGGAAAAGGGGGAGAAAGGAGAAAGAGGAGAUCCUGGUCAGCCAGGUGCCGAGGGAUCCGGCGGCAUGAAAGGACAAAAAGGUGAUGUCGGCCCUCCUGGUCCUCCCGGUCCUGUGAUGACAGCACAUGGAUUAAGACAGCUUUCUGGAACUGACGAAAUGAAGGAAAGAGCCCUAAAAGGAGAAAAAGGAGAUGAGGGGGAGAGAGGCGCUCAAGGACCGCAAGGCUUCAAGGGAAAUAUGGGGCCGCCAGGACUAAAGGGAGAUCAAGGACCAGAGGGGAAGCAAGGCCCUCCUGGAUCCACUGGAGCCCCAGGACUCCCGGGCAAGCCAGGCUCACCAGGGGAGCCAGGGGUACCUGGGAACGAUGGACUGAAAGGAGAAAAGGGGGACGGGUUGCCUUUAACUAGAGGGUCUCGUGGACCUAAGGGUGAAAGAGGCAUCCCGGGAUUGCCCGGAGACCACGGUGAAAAGGGCGAACCUGGGGAGAGCAUUACAGGGCCACCUGGCCCCAUGGGACCCACCGGGGAGCCAGGAAUUGAGGGCUCUCGUGGACCCCCGGGUCCAUUUGGCCCCCCAGGAGCUCCAGGAAGAGAGGGCUCCCCUGGUAGGCCAGGUCCACCGGGGCCUGCUGGACCUCCAGGUGAACCAACUGCCCUGCCGAUUUUUGGAGACAUGGGUGCUUUGCUUAAGAAUGCCUGCAGUGUGUGCCAGACGAGAGUCCCAGGGCUGCCUGGACAGAAGGGAGAAAAAGGCUCCCCCGGAGUGCAAGGAGUAGAGGGCUUAGUGGGAGAAAAGGGAGAUCCUGGGGUCAGAGGCCCGAUGGGUAACCCGGGAAAAGAAGGUCCAAAGGGAGUAAAAGGAGAGAGAGGGUUCCCAGGCCCUAUAGGCGAUAAAGGUGAUGAGGGGCCUUCAGGAGCACCAGGGCUACCAGGUGUGCCUGGUCGAACAGGGGCCCCGGGACUCAUGGGUCGACCAGGUCCAACGAGCCAGCCUGGACCCAAAGGAGAUAAAGGAAAUGAAGGACCUCCAGGUAGACCAGGGCCUCCAGGGCCUCCGGGCAACGGAAUGGGCAGCCUGUACAAGCCACAGAGCGGUGGAGCUAUUUUAGGACCCCCUGGAGCUCCCGGUGCUCCGGGUCCCAAAGGAGAUGAAGGACCUGCAGGGGAACCAGGGCCCAUGGGAUUACCUGGGCUUGAAGGGCUGCCGGGUGCUAAGGGGGAUAUGGGUUUGUCUGGUCCACCAGGGAUGCUAGGUCCUCCAGGAAAGCCCGGCGCUCGUGGAGAGCCAGGGAUCCCAGGAGAGCCGGGUGAGAGGGGUCCGCUGGGAGAGACAGGAUUCCCUGGGCCCGAGGGACCCCAAGGUCUUCCUGGGAGACCUGGAAAAGAUGGAACUCCAGGAUACCAGGGAGCUACAGGUAGACAAGGAGAACGAGGAUCCAAAGGAGAGCGUGGUGAUCCAGGAAUUCCUGGAGAAAGAGGCGUUCAGGGCGAGAGGGGUCGCCCAGGAGAGCCCGGCCAAAUUGGACCCAUCGGUACCCAGGGGCAAAAAGGUGAUCCCGGCCCUCCAGGACUCCUGGGGAGUGAAAGCCUCCUGGAUGACUCCAGCUUUACAGAGGAACUCCGGAUGUUUAUCCGAAAUGAAGUAUCGAGGAUUUUUGAAGAGAAGCUUUCUAGCAACAGCGGGCUACAGAAGACACCUGCAGGCAUCUUAGCGUCGCAGAUCCAAGGACCUCCUGGACCUCCUGGAAAGGAUGGAUUACCGGGCUCACCAGGAGAGCGUGGACCUCCUGGAAUCAGGGGUCAGAAAGGAGAGCGAGGCCAGCUUGGACUGGGGUUACCAGGAGAUCCAGGACCCACGGGGCCACCAGGCCCACCUGGGAUCUCUUCUCGGGGCCCUCCUGGCUCUCCAGGGCCCCGUGGACCCCCCGGUACUUGCGACCCCAGCAACUGUCUUCUUCCAUCUUUGUGAGCCCAGCAGAGGGGUUUGAGCUAUUACGAAGACAGCCAUCCGGCUCUGAGCUCAGUGCUGCAGCCACACAGCAGGGGAAGUCGGAGAGACUCACCGCUGACCUCUUUCUUUUUUUCACUUUACUAAAACACUCAGAUGCUGUCUGGGUUUUGUUUUUGUGGGAUUGCUGUUGGGUUUGUUUUGAAUACAGCUGAAAUCUCUUUGCAAUGCAGUACUUUUAAGUUAUUUUCCUUUUUUUAAAUUUCAUAUCCUCUACUGUGACGUGAUGCAUUCCUUGUCAACUCUCAUGUCUUUCAAGACCAUGAAAUGACUCCUGUCUGAAAAAAAACACCAUCUUAAUUAUGCGUUUGCCUCUUUAAUGGGCAUGUCUAUGCACUCUUCUGUUCGCACUCAGAUAAGCUGGUGUGCCGACCGAAGGUACAUCUCAUGUUUCUGUGUUCUCGUGUGUUUUUGCACGAGUUUCUGUGUGUUUGAGGAACAGAUUAGCUUAGCGAAUGUACUUAUUGUACGUGGAGGUGUGAGAAAAUAGCAGAUUUAUGAAGCGCCUUAUGUAACCAAAGUGCAGCCGACGUGUCUGAUAUAGAAAUUAUUUAUUUUAAGCCGCAUUCUGCAAGAAUGUAUUUUCAAAAUGGUCAUAAUGAAUGUAGGAAAUGUAGCAUGAAUAUUGAGUGACGUUGUUACUAGAAAGUGGAUUUUCGGAUUACCUGUAAUCCCGAUGCAGUCUCUGGUGACACGUUUGCGUCGUGUACAAUGAUCACUUUUAAAAGAAGCUGCCGUAUAAUUGUCGGUUAACGCGUCUUCCAGUUUUCUGCAAGUCACGAGUUGUUAACUGAGCGCUCGUCGGCGAGGAUUGCCAAAGCUUUUGUAAGACAAAACCAACAAACAGCUCAGUGACACUGUUUGUCUGGAGCUUCUUUUUUUAGCCUUUUACAUCAUUUUUCUCCACAUGAAAUGAAUGUAAUUUAAAUGGCGUUUGUGUUCAGUGAUUGUAGCGUGACCCUUCAUUUAGCUUUACUGUGGAGUUAAUCUGUAAAUAUUGUGUAUUUUCAAUUUUUGUUUUUCCUUUUCAUUUUUCUUGUGUAAUGGGGUGCGUUAAGGGACCUGAAAACAUCAUUUUCAUCCAUUUUUUGUCAUUGUAACAACACGUUAAGGUUCUCACCUGUCACACAGUGCUGCAAAUUAUUAACACAUAUUGUUUACAAGGUGUCGUGUAUGACAAUUCCUCUGGUUUUUAUGUAUAUUUUUGAUUUUCACAAACACAAAGGAGAUCAGAAUACUACACUACAGCUAACAGACGCAUCAAACUUUUCAUGUACUUGAACUUUCUUGUAAUCGCACCGCGGUGUUUUUAACAGUUGGGUUUCAGGGAGCUUUGAGACUGGAUUUAUUUAUGUGCUAUGAAUUUUCUGAAACCUUUGAAGCCUGUGCAUUUUAUCUAAACAGGUCGUGUAACUGUAGUGUAGAUCCUGUGCAGAAACACACAUUUUAAGAACUUAAGUACGCUAAAGAUGACAAAGGAAUUUUUUUUAAAAUCCAGCAUUUACACAUUGGAUUUUAGUUUAUUCACUUCUUUAAAAAGUUUUUGUUCUUUCAAACUUUAUAAUCUCACUAAACAAUAACUUUUUUGUGUAGAAGAAAAAGAUAAUUAGCCUGUAGUGUAUAUUGGUUUCCUCAGGUUUUCAUUUUGAGCUCUGUUUAAUUAGAGCUUGAUGCAAAGGCUUUAAUUUUACUUUUAAAGAGUCCUGCUGUGAUUCAUGUUUGAAACGUUCUUUGUGUGUAUCUGAAAUUUUGUGACAUUAAGAGCUCGGUUCUUUCUGUCUCUCCUUUAACAUCUGCUGUUUGACACUUUUUUCCCUUUGUACUUCACAGUCAUUAUUCUUCUCUUAUACAUGUAAAUUUUAACUCACAUCUUACAGAUUUUUUCCCCCUUUUUUUUUUUUACAUUUUUCUCAGCAUGCCAGCUUGGUUUUAUCUCUGCUAAAUUUUAUCAGACUGGGUGGGUUUAAUUUUAGAGGAGUACUGAAUCAAACGCUUGCCACAAACUUCAUUUGUGAGUUGAAAGAGCCCCCUGCUGGACUUGUAUUUCAUUGCUUUUGUAAUGUGAAUGGGAAACUAUUAUUCUUUGCUUUUGUAGGCCACAUAAAAUCCCCUCCUUCUAGGGGCUCCUGUCUUUUCAUCAAAGUAAUUUUCAUAUUCGGUUUUAAUGGGUUCCCGUCAGAGACAAUAACACUGACCUUGAUGAGAUUCAAAUGAGACAGCAUCAGCAAACUAAUGUGACCUAAACUUUUUCAGCGUGCUGAUGAAAGCACCUCCCUCCAUAUAUUGAAUUUAGCUUCAAUUGAUAUUAAUGUGCACCAGUUUGUGGCUUCAGUUUAGCUAAACAGCAUAAUAAGUAGGGAGGACACAAAUUGGCUGCUGAUGACACAGCUCACUUCACUAGAAAUUUGAAGCCAUUCAUAUUACUCCAAUUGUUCUAAGUGGAAAAUGUCAGAUGAAAGCAAACUCGUGGACGGAGUCAUUGAAGGUUGAAGCGUCCUAAAACAAUAACACCGCUUUCAUACGUGCACGUGUUUCUUUCUUUUUUCCUUCUUUUUUUUUUUGCUUUGCAUAUUCUCUCCAGUAAUGUAAGUCGAUCCGGUUGCCACAUGUGAUCUAAUCUUGUAAGCAAAGCCUGUAAUGAGAUGUAAUAUGUAGCAGACUCUCAGCGUGGUCCCUAGGAUUAAAAAUGUCUGCCUGCUGGUCUCAGUGAAACUGAUCUCUGCUCUUUUAUAAGCUCAUGUUGUGCCGUGUGACUUCAAUGUUUGUUCUUUGUUUGAACACCUACCUCAGUCUUGGUUUACCACAACUACAUGAUUAGAUUUGUUGUUGUUGGGGGGGAGACACCAAAACAACUGUUGCCUUUUAACUGAAAAAGCGAAUGAAAGCCUCAUGUCUAUGUAAAAACACACAUAUUGCAGUCCUGUUAUCAGCUGACGUGCUGAUGGGAUGACAGAGAACAGGCGCAGUGAUGUUCCUGUUGUUGGGGGAGUGUAAGGGGGAGUGGGGGGGUGGGUGGUUACCAGGCAUCAGAGGUUAUACUUUACAGCCUUCUUUGCAGCUU